AUGAACGCCGUCAUCGCUGCCAUGCAGGAAAAUUGCUUGGAAAAACCAACAAUAAUUACUGUUCAAGGUGCUCUUGUUAAUCAAGUCAAUGACAUUAUAAAUGGCCUUAAUAAAAAUAAGGACACCGACUGGAAAUAUUUUGGUUAUGGAGCGGACGAUGGUGCCGAAGCUGGUGAAUUUAAUCCAAUUAUCUACGAUUCAAACGAAUGGACACUAGAAAGCGGAAGUCAAGUCUGGAUUAGCCCGACUCCAGAUGAGCCUUCACUCUUUCCAGGGGCAACUCAAAAAAGAACAUUUACUAUGGCUACAUUCAAGCACAACUCAAGACGCAUAAGAAUAAUCAAUGGCCAAUUUGAUGACGAGAUCGACGAAGCAAGAGACUUUGGAGCCCGCUUUAUUGAGUUGUACGCUAGGAAACUGAUGCAAGAUGGAUAUUUGACGAUUGUCACUGGUGGUAUUAACUCUGCCAAGGGAAGCUAUCCUCACGAACUUUUUACCAAAAAUUUAUCUGAUUGCUCUAAAAAAUUCCUGCCACGCUAUUCUACCUAUUCUAGUUUUUCAAUUAUACGAGGAGAAACAAUGGAUUUAGAAACGAUCGAUUUUGUCUUUGUUGAUGCAAGAAGUAUUGCGACUAUGAACUACCAAGUGAUUGAUAAUAUAAGUGAUGGACUCUUUAGAUUCAGUGAUCAUAGACCAGUCAUCGCUGACUUGUUUAUUUGA